AUGGCAUUCCCGCAGCCCACGACGGUCCGCCUCCUCUUCCUGCCUAGCUUCGCCUCACCGUACGCGCCCAUGAACCCCGCGAGCACCGAGCCGCGCCAGGUCAUGCUCUUCCGCAAGAGCCUGCGCACGCUCUCGCUCUCGGUCUGCGGCUGCCUCGUGCUGCUCUCGAUCGUCGGCUUCAAUAAACUUGCCAAACAUUCGGUCAUGAGCAUGGACCAAGUCGAGGCAACGACAAGCGACGGCUGCCUCCUCUUCCUCGGCCUGUCCUUUGGCACGCUCCUCUUCCUCGGCGAGUUUCGCUGGGAGCGCUUCUUCUUCCUCUUUGGCUUUCUGCGCUACCGCCUCGGGCGCACCGUGCUCUACGCUGUGUCGGGUACGCUGCCAGCUGGACGCCAUUGA